UGGUCAUCAAGGAACUAGAAAAAGCAGAGAGGGUGGACUGCAAGCUGCACAUCAUCCCCCUGCUGCAUACCCUGAUCUACGCCACCAUACAGGUACAGCACACACACACUCCACUAAAGUCUGAUCUACAGUUAUCAUCACCCACAGUACAACCUGAUUUUAGUCAAGGUGGUCAUCAAGGAACUAGAAAAAGUGAGUCAACAACAUGCAUGAAUUGUAUGCCACCAUACAGGUACAGCACACACACACUCCACUAAAGUCUGAUCUACAGUACGCCAUCAUACAGGUACAGCACACACACACUCCACUAAAGUCCGCACGAUGACUCCGCUCACGCGCAGCGCUCCUCUCAGGCUGGUGAAGGCUCUGCACCUUGCUCCAAAUGACACACAAGUGGUUUCAUUUCAUACGCACACCUCACACCUGCAUUUCCUGGUCAAGAUGGAACGUUUCUGUGACUGAUAUUUACCCACUGUUUGGUGUGAGUGUGUGUGUGUGUGUGUGUGUGUGUGUGUGUGUGUGUGUGUGUGUGUGUGUGUGUGUGUGUGUGCGCGUGUGUUUGUGCCUACACAGACUGUAAGAAUAAGCUGCGCUGUUCCGUCGUCAUGUUUCCACUGAUUAAUGGCCUUGCUGUAAAUGCAUCUUGUUCUGAAAUCAUCUGUGUGUGUGUGUGUGUGUGUGUGUGUGUGUGUGUGUGUGUGUGUGUGUGUGUAUGUGUGUGUGUGCCUACACUGACUGCAAGAGUUAGCUGCGCUGUUCCGUCGUCAUGUUUCCACUGGUUAAUGGCCUUGCUGUAAAUGCAUCUUCACUGCUGCCAACUCACGCACUGGAAUGGUGCGAAAUGCGUGGAGCCAAUCAAAUAAAUUAAUCUCACUCUCAAGAGAGUUGCAUACAUGCAUCUUGUUCUGAAAUGAUCUCUCUCUCUCUGUGUGUGUGUGUGUGUGUGUGUGUGUGUGUGCCCGUGUGUGUGUGCGCGCGUGUGUGUGUGUGUGCGUGUGUGUUUGUGCCUACACUGACUGUAAGAGUUAGCUGUGCUGUUCCAUCGUCAUGUUUCCACUGAUUAAUGGCCUUGCUGUAACUGCAUCUUGUUCUGAAAUCAUCUCUCUCUCUCUGUGUGUGUGUGUGUGUGUGUGCUCAUAUGUGUGUGUGGUUUCCAGACCCCGUUCAUUCCUGACGACCUCUAUAAGAGAAUGUAUGACUUCUGUAAGAGGCUGCUGACACUGCCUCAGCCAUACUGCACCGUGGGCCUCACCUACUCCAGACAGAUGAAGAUGGAGCGGGGGACCCCAGGUGUUCUAUACCAAAGACUGCUGGUUUCAGAACACAGCCUGAAGAAUGACAGCUAUCCUCUUCAGGAGAAGGUGUUUGUGUUCGCUGACCCUGCCGUGCUCGCAGGCUCCCUGGCGAAGGUGCUGAGGGUGGACAUCGAGUCGGGCCAGGGCUUCCAGAGCCCACUGGGCCUCAUGCGCUCGGCCGUGCAGCACAGCCUCCAGGCAGCGCUCGGGGAGGACCGGUGCCAGGCCGCUGCGCUGGCUCACGCCCUUCAGGGUCAGUCGUUACAGGAUGUUGAACCGUACUUCCAGGAAGUGCUGUCGGCGAUGGAGCACAGUGCGGAGGCCAGUCGGAGUGAGCGCUCCCAGCUGACCGACAGGCUGCAGACACUCUACACUGAGAUCCUCAGGUCCUCAGUUGACCAAGCUCCAUUGUCCCACAGCUCGCCGUGUGACGUUCCGCUUCCCAAUCCGGAGAUGAGCUUCCACAUUUGGAGUGAGGAGGAGGAACUCUGGCGAGAGCUGGCCAAGUUCAUCCGCUCCAACUCCUUCUGUGAGCCCUUCUCCUUCCCGGAGGACUUCAUGGCCGACCUGUCGACUGACCUGGACCCCGAGAUGCCUCGCCACUCCGUCAUAUCCACCGACAGCGGCAUCGAGCGCGACCUGCCCGAGGCGACGGAGCAGGUGGCACCCUCGUCGGGGCGGCUGUCUCGGCGCGGGGGCAUGAAGGUCAAGCCCUCGGUGACGGACAGCGUGGCGCUGAUGCAGGACGCGUUGGAGGAGACGGGCGCGUGCGUGUGGGGCACCGCGGGCAGCGGGGCGGGCAUGCUGCAGAGACGCGCGGGCACCAGCGCCAUGCCCUUCCCCAAGCAGCAGCAACGCCAGUUCACCGCCCGCAUCGUCAUGAUGGGGGACGACAGGGUGCUGGGCAGGAUGGCCAGGGCUUACUACUGGUUCAGGAAAAGGGAAGCGAGAAGGCAGUUCCUCACAGCCAAAAUCAACCUGCAGAUUUACUACAUCCCUGUUUCUGACCAGACCAGCUCCCCAGCCAAAGAGAAUACCUCAAGCGUGGCGAGCAGCCCUUGCUCCCUGGCGUCCUACUUGGGUAUGGUAGAUCCGUGGUACGAGUGCAACAUAACCAGUCUGGGCCACAUGAUUCCCAAGCUUGCCAAAACGCAUUCCAGCCCUGGCAUGACAUGUGAGCCCAACCCCUUCCUCUCUGAUGUCAUCUCUUACUAUGUGCGCACUGCACUGCAGCCGGUCUACUUCACCAUCUAUUACAUCAAGAUCUCAUUUUCUAACCUCACAAAAGAGCCAGUAGAGGAAGUGUUCCUCUCUCAUCUGGAGCUGGACUUCCCUGAUUUUAAAGCCCUCCAAGCCUCUAUGAAAGACAUGUCCAUGAGACAGAAGAGGAAUUCUCCGGAAGUCUACGGUGCCGCCAUCUCAGUCAACUACAGAAAGGUGUCGCUAAGCAACAGGGAGGUUGACAAAAGCCUGUCACUGAGGGCAUCUGGGGUUCAGAUCUGCGCCAUUCCCCCAAAUGAAACCGAGGAUUUCAACUGUCUUACUGUUAGCUUUACUGACAUGAAACCCAAAAGUAGCUUGGAACCAAAGAUUUGGACCUGUGACAUUAGAAUCAGGUCUCUAGAAAGAACAACAUUCACUGUUUGCCUGGACAAUGACUCACGCAGGACUUUUAAAGAUGUUCAAAGUAUUGAGAUUGCUCCCUGUCUUGAUCCGGGAUACUGCCUUCAAAAGACAAUGAGGUCAAAGUUUAAUGUCGCAGAUGACAUUGAGGCUGGCCUUAGCAAGUACAUAAACAAGCGCCUGUCGCUGCCUAUUAACACAUUUGCUGGCAUCAUUCAUUGACAAAAAGACAACGGGACAGAGUGGACAGUGGACACCUCUGCUGGUCACUUCAUGGAGGUGGUGAAGACACCAGAACCGUAGACACUGGAACCGCCAGCCUUGUCACGCCAUUCUGAUGGACUACCGUUUAAGAGAUAACUUCCCUUUUCACAUGCAACAAUCUUUGAAGAACACAGGCUGAUCAUGUGUAAAGAAAUCAUCUUUAUCCUCACAGAAAGCUGAAACACAAGUCAGUUCAUAGUCAUUCAAAAAUGGCUGGGUGCUUGGAGUGAUAUGAGGGACUAUGGGGCAAUAGCUGAACCAUACUGUGCUGUAAUGUACUAAUAUAUCAAUACUGGUAUAGCAAUAUUGUAUGAUAACACCUCUCUCUCUCAUCCAUUGCUCAAUCCAUAUGACACUAAUAUUGAUGAUUCAGUGGUACCUGUACUUAGCAUGUGGUAUGAUUCAUUUCAGGUGCAUAUCAGUCCUUUCCGUCUGGUUAGGUAUGCUUUUGUCAUUUAGUGGUUUGAAGACCUAGUUUUCAAAAGCUAUUCUUCAUAUCUAACAUUUCCUGUUUCAGUUUAAAGGUAGAUUCCUCAAGUCUAAUUCGGUACCCGUUAGUACACUCUCUGUCAAAUGUAACAAAUGGCUCAUCAGGGCCCUCUAGCUGUUGGUUCUGUCUGUGCACUUCAAAACACCUCUAGUGUUCAUAGACUGCCCUGCCCUUAUAAGUGGGAAGCAAAUAGUCAUAAACAUUUCUAGCCAAAUAGCCCGUUGCUUUCAUGACCACAGACGGGAAGGGUGAAAUUUGGUUAUUUUGUUAUUUCACCAACAAAUGUGGGUGUUGAAGUAGAAAAGGAGGACUCCUCAUUCUUGUUAAUUGUUUAUGUGUUUUGCACAUGUUUUUGCACACACUGGUCUUCCGUGAGAGCCUGUAAACAUGCACCAAAUGGGGCUGAUAACAGACCAGCACAGACACAGCAGCCAAUGGCAAAGCUCUGUGCUUGUUUGAAGCAGUGACUGCAGACUGUGUGGUUUUCAAGGCCAAGUAUCGCUCCACUUUAUAUAAAUUGUGCAAAUUUCCUGUGAGAUCAGUCAUGAUUAUGUAAAAGAAAUGGCAUGUCCAAUUUGAUAAGGGUUUUUAAAGCAUUUUCAUGACAUUGCCUGUAGUGUAAUUUGUAAAUCAAGACGUUUUUCCAGUAGGCCCUACCUUCUUUGAUGUGAGAUAUUCAUAAUUCAUCAGGAUAUGAAACUGCACAAAAUUGCCUCAGCUGACAAUAACAAACCUCAGCAGACUUUGAGCAAAAAACAUUAAUCAAUGAACCUAAAUUAGCCACCAAAUGCUUACUAAUUAUGCUAUCACACAUGAUCUUUUAAUAUGAAAACAGACUACACACACAUACACACACACACUAUAUUUAAACAUGUAAAGGUCUACAGUUACUCUUUUUGUAAUUUAUUUUAUCAUCAUUUUGUAAAUGAUGUUGCUUGUACAUAUGUAUAGGCCUACUUUAUGUAAAUAGACAUAACAUUUGUAACUCAACAUUAAAGUAUUAUGUUUGUAGA